GAGGUGGCUCCUAAGGAGCAAGCCAAAGAUAAACACGUAGACAGACAAAUACGGGCGAGGGGAAUUAACGGGUUAUAAUUGAGAGGGUACGGUAGCAUGUUGGAAAUGGAUUAGCUGGAGACAACGAAGAGGGUUUAAUAGACGAGGAGGUGCAGCUGAAUCAGCCGAGGAGCGAGUUUUCCUUCGGGUAUCGCGAGUCGCAUCUGCAGCUCUGUCCAUGAUGGUGCGGGCAGCCUUGGUGACGGCCACCAGUCUGGCGCUGACUGGGGCUGUGGUGGCCCAUGCGUACCUGCUCAAACAUCAGUUCUACCCGACUGUUGUGUACCUAACCAAAAGCAGCCCAAGUAUGGCGGUUUUGUACAUCCAAGCGUUUGUGUUGGUGUUUCUGCUGGGAAAGUUCAUGAGAAAGGUGUUUUUUGGCCAGCUAAGGGCUGCCGAAAUGGAGCACCUCAUCGAGCGCUCCUGGUACGCGGUGACGGAAACGUGCCUGGCCUUUACCGUGUUCAGGGACGAUUUCUCCCCUCGCUUCGUCGCACUCUUCACCCUGCUGCUCUUCCUGAAGUGCUUCCACUGGCUGGCGGAGGAUAGAGUGGACUUUAUGGAGAGGAGUCCAAACAUAUCGUGGGUUUUCCACUUGAGAGUAUUGUCUCUGCUCGGGCUCCUGGCUGUCAUGGACUUCAUGUUCGUUAACCACGCCUGUCACAGCAUCAUCACCAGAGGGGCUUCGGUCCAGCUCGUCUUUGGGUUUGAGUACGCCAUCUUGAUGACCAUGGUCCUGACCACCUUCAUCAAGUACAUCCUGCAUACUGUGGACCUUCAGAGUGAGAACCCCUGGGACAACAAGGCCGUCUACAUGCUCUACACUGAGCUCUUCACAGGUUUCAUCAAGGUUCUCCUGUACAUCGCUUUCAUGACGAUUAUGAUAAAGGUGCACACCUUCCCUCUGUUCGCCAUCCGACCCAUGUACCUGGCCAUGAGGCAGUUUAAGAAAGCUGUAACGGAUGCUAUCAUGUCGAGGAGAGCGAUCCGCAACAUGAACACGCUAUAUCCUGAUGCUACCCCUGAGGAUCUGCAGGCCUCUGACAAUGUUUGCAUCAUCUGCAGAGAGGAAAUGGUCACCGGAGCCAAGAAGCUACCCUGUAAUCACAUAUUCCACUCAAGCUGCCUGCGCUCCUGGUUCCAGAGGCAGCAGACCUGCCCCACCUGCCGCAUGGACGUCCUCAGAGCAUCCAGUAACAACCAGACUCAGGCUGCGGCCCCGGCUCCAGCCCCGGCCCCUGCAGCACCUGCCAACGCUCCUGCUGCUCCGGCCGCAAAUGCUCCUGGCAUGCUUCCAGCCUUCCCUCCAGGAAUCUUCCCUUUCUGGGGUCCUUUUCCUGCCGUCCCUCCUCCUGCAGCCGCGGCUCCGCCUCCAGCUCCUGGUGCAACUGACCCUCCACAGAGCAACGCAGAGGCGGCUCAGGCAGCUGGCACCAGUGAGCCUGCGUCAGCUGCUGCGGACGGCGCUACGUCAUCAACAGCUGCUCCAGGGUCUGCAAUCCCAGGAUUCCCUUUCUCCUUCCCGCCUCCGCCCUUCCCUGCCGCUCCAUGGCUGCCGAUGCCACCGCCUCCACCCUUUGUGUCGUCGAUGCCGCCCCCGCCUCCGUCGCUGUCUCGCCUGACGGAAGAGGAGCUGAGGGAGCUGGAAGCUGAGGGGCGGCGGGGCCUGGAGGCCCGACUGCAGUGUCUCCAGAACAUUCACACUCUGCUGGACGCCGCUAUGCUCAACAUCCACCACUACCUUAGCACAGUCACCACGCUAACCCCUCCGGGGCCUGAGGGCGACGGCGCUGCAGGAGCCGGAGGAUCCAGUCAGGAGGCAGCUGCCAGCAGCACUCAGAGCUCGACCACAGAGAAGGAAUCCUCCACCUCGGAUCCAGCGAGUGGAGCCGCGGUCUCCUCCCAGCCCGCCGACUCCACCUCCUCCACUUCAGAGUCGGAAAGAAAGGAAAACUGGGACGAAGAACUGAUGGAGGACGAGAACGGGGAGCCGAGCGCCGCUGAGCUGAGGCGCCGCCGCCUCCGCAAGCUAGAGACAGCGUCACCGUCAUCCUCAUCGCCCCCCCCUCCUCCAGAUAGCUAGUUUUUCAUUAUGCGGCGGGGGGCAACAUGUCGCUCUGAACCAUCAGGAACUCAAAGAUAACUCAUGGCUGCUUCGGUGCCUCUCGCCUUCCACAGGCUCAGGUUUCUCACGCUGUCGAGUUGGACUCAAGCUGUCGGAAGGCGCUUCUUC